GGGAAGAGAUCAUACUUUCAGCUAUUGAGAUAUUAAAUUAACAGCAACGAGCUAAAUAACUUAAAAUCCUUAUUAAGCUUUACAUGCAAAGUUCCAUGGUAGGUUUGCCACUAGAAAGAAAAUUACUAUUUAUUUAAGGCUCUGGAAGGCAUCAUUCCCGAUCUGCCAUUUAGCGGCCAUGUUUUAGAAAAACAUUCAAAUCUUGAUUCAGAAUGUUUCCAUAAAAAAAAUGGUUUUAUUUGUAUUGUUUGUAGAAGCAUUAUUUGUUUAGCAACAUUUCAAAAGAAACCCCUGGAAACGUGUUACUUGCCUAAUUGUUUGCCUUUCUUACUAAUGAAAGGUAUAGAGUUAUCUACGUGCGCAUGUAUUGCGUAAAAAUAUUGAGGUUAAAUUUUGUACCGGCCAGCAAAACAAGUGGCGUGCUAGUGUGCGUGAGAGUGGACUUGGAUAACUCUAUAGGAUUUGCAUUUGGAUCUUAUUUAAGAUCAAUAUUCGUAAUCACAAUAUUUCUCGAGAAAUGAUCAUUUGAAAAACCUGCAAAAAAAUCAUGGACGACCGAUUUUUUAGAUUUAAGAAACAAACUAUUCUUCUAGCUUGCUCUUUUCACUCCUAAAGUAGCUUUUCAGACUAUGAAACAGGGAUUUGAUCUACAAAAAACGCUCCGUUCAGUCAGCAACUACAUCUCUUGUGCACCAGACGUGUUUCUGUGCUCUGCAGUCGCCUUUGUUCAAGAAAUCUCAACGCGUUGCGGCAGGCUCAGUGAAAUGAGUGAUGUCCGCAAAAACACGCUAGUGGUGGACUUCAGCGUCCUCCCGGAACGUCCCCAACUGGAAGUCGUGCAGAGGUUCGUUGAAAAAGGUCUGGGAAUUGCUUCCUCUGACCUAAAAAGCAUUCAGCUGCACAACAUCCGCCAUUGCGUGCUUAUUGAGAUGGCGGACGCAACCGCCGCCUCAAGGAUAGCAACGGAGAACCACCUGAAGUACGCCUUCAAAACGUACCCAUCAACGAAAAUCCCGGUCUACGUCGAUGACAACACCAUCGACGUUCGGAUCCACGAUCUCCCGCUGGACCUGCCGAACAGCAAGAUCGCAGAAGCUAUGCGUGAGUACGGUGAAGUGCUGACAAUCAGGGACGAGGUUUGGAAGAAUUUUUUCACCGGCGUUCCCAAUGGUGUACGCGCGCUGAAAAUGAAACUUACCAAACCCGUCCCAUCCUACGUAACUGUCUGCAAUCUGCCGUCAUUGGCCACAUAUACUGGGCAAAUCGCCACGUGUAGACGUUGUGGGAUGAAGCGCCACGUAUCGAAGAGCUGCUCUGAAGCAGCGAAGAAAACGAAGCAGAAUCAACCCAAACCAGCAAACCAACCCGCGAAAACUACUCCAGCUGCCCCGAUUGUUUUGCCCCCAGCCAAUCCACCAGUAGUUGAAUCCCAAGUCAUUACCCCACACAAUGGGGACAAUGGCAAUGACGGAUUCACUACUGUUUUGAAGAAAGGCAAAUCGAAAAGGCAAUUGUUGGAGGAAGAUAAAAAAAAAGCCACAGCAAAAAAGAACGUGCAUCGACGACGACGACAAAACGACACCCGAUACUGGGAACGAACAACGCGAUGGAAAUGGUCAAGAAGAAGAACAACAGAUCGUACAGCAAAAGCCAACUCCGAAGAGACGACUUAGGAAACCGACCGUUUGACGUGGGUCUACGUUAUUCUAGUAAAAAUAUAAAUAAAAAUGUUAUUAAUUUUAGUUUGAAAAAUUGAAGCUUGGCCAAACUAUGUAAACGGAGGCCAGAUAGUUAAAUAAAUAAAAAAAAAAA